CGCAUCAUAAUCAGUCGUCGUUGAAAUCAGGGAAGAUGGUGGGAGUGUCACCGAAGAUCGCUCCAUCGAUGUUGUCAUCGGACUUUGCAAAUCUUGCGGCGGAGGCUAAGCGGAUGAUCGAUUUAGGCGCCAAUUGGCUUCACAUGGACAUUAUGGACGGGCAUUUUGUUCCGAAUCUAACGAUUGGUGCUCCUGUCAUCGAGAGUUUGAGGAAGCACACAAAUGCAUAUCUUGAUUGCCACUUAAUGGUGACGAACCCCAUGGAUUACGUGGAUCAGAUGGCUAAAGCUGGGGCGUCUGGUUUCACAUUCCACGUUGAGGUGGCCAAAGAGAAUUGGCAAGAACUUGUGAAAAAGAUCAAGUCUACUGGGAUGAGGCCAGGUGUGGCUCUAAAGCCUGGAACACCUGUUGAACAAGUCUAUCCUCUGGUCGAAGGUACAGAUCCGGUUGAAAUGGUUCUUGUGAUGACUGUGGAGCCUGGAUUUGGUGGCCAGAUGUUCAUGCCCAACAUGAUGGACAAGGUCCGGGCAUUGAGGAACAAGUACCCAACACUUGAUAUUGAGGUGGACGGCGGCUUAGGCCCUUCCACAAUCGAUGCAGCGGCUGCAGCUGGGGCCAACUGUAUCGUCGCAGGAAGCUCAGUGUUUGGAGCUCCUGAGCCUGGGGACGUCAUAUCCCUUUUGCGGGCCAGUGUUGAGAAGGCGCAGCCCUCCACUUAAGGGAGUGGGAGUGCCCCAAGCAAUAACUGUAAGAGCCAAGGCCUUUAUAGCUAAUACUUUUUUAUAAUUCUUUGAAAUGGAAUAAAUCUUUAAUCUGUCU